UUGUGUUUUUAACGUUCUUAAACUGUUGAUUUAACCUUUUGUGGUUACGCUUUUGCACAGUCCACAUCCGGAUUAAUUAAAGCAUUUGGUUUAACACGGGGACGAGGGCUAACGUCGUCACUUGAUGACCUGAAUAGUGAAAGACUCGCAGAAGUAGCGGUGAAAGUCGGCGUGCUCUGCUGGUUUCUCGCUGCUCCCUCACUGCUCCUCUCUGCUCACCGGAGACUGGAGGAGCCAUGGAGUGGGACGAGGAUUCGGACGAGGAGAUGAUAGCCAUGAUCAAUCAGGAGGACUUCCCUCCUGAAGAUGAUGAUCCAGAAGAGGAGGAGGACGAGGACGAGGAGGUGGAGGAGGUGGAGGGCGAGCAGCCUCUGGACACUGAAUCCUCAGAGUCCUUCGAGCUGGACACGCCGGCGGAGAGGAGCGGACAUGUGGCUGUGGUGGACGGCACUGCUAUGUAUGUGUGGGGCGGGUACAAGAAUGCCCAAAACCAUGGCUUUUUUGACCUUUACCUGCCCAGAAAUGAGAUCUGGAUGUACAGCAUGGAGACUGGAGAAUGGUCCAAGCAUCUGGCCGGGGGAAACCUGCACACGUCCAUGUCCGGCAGCUGUGGAGUGUGUGUGGACGGAGUGCUCUACCUGUUCGGAGGCCACCACGCCAGAGGCAACACCAACAGGAUUUACCGACUUCCCCUGCACGGCCCCAGCCUCACCUGGGAGGAGAUGAGGGAGCUCAGCGGGACCCCUCCCUCGGCGAAGGACAAGCUGGGCUGCUGGGUCUACAGAAACAAGAUCAUCUACUUUGGCGGCUAUGGCUACGCUGCUCAUGAACACAGAGGGACUUUUGAAUAUGACGAAUCCUCUUCACUUGUGUGGGACAGCCCAGGACGAGGCUGGAACAACCACGUCCAUGUGUUAGACCUGGAGACCCUGAGCUGGAGUCAGCCCGUUACCACGGGUAACUGUCCCUCUCCUCGAGCCGCUCAUGCCUGCGCUACCGUGGGGAACAGAGGCUACGUGUUUGGAGGACGAUAUAAAAAUUACAGACUGAACGACCUGUACUACCUGGACCUGGACACGUGGCAGUGGCAUGAAAUGAGUGUCCCGCAGGGGGGGCCAGUGGGGCGCUCGUGGCACUCCUUCACCCCCGUGUCCCAGGACCACAUCUUCCUGUUCGGAGGCUUCACCACAGAGCGCGACACCCUCAGUGACGCCUGGUUGUACUGUGUCAGCAAGAAUGAAUGGAAGCCCUUCAAACACAGCCACACUGAAAACCCAAGGUUGUGGCACACGGCGUGUCCUGGGCCUGAUGGAGAAGUCUUUGUGUUUGGAGGAUGUGCCAACAACCUGCUGUCCCACCAGAGAGCGGCUCACAGCAACCAACUACUGAUCUUCAACGUUCAGCCCAAGUCUCUGGUCAGGUUCUGCAUGGAGUCCAUCGUGGAGCACCGCGAGCGCCUGUCCACCUCCUGGGACUGUCUGCCCAAGCACCUGCUGCACAGCCUCAAGCAGAGGAUGAGUCUGCUCAACACGCUGGGCUCCUGAGGACUACGGGACGCCACCAUCUUUGUAGUCCUGACGCGUGUACGGGUCAUGCUAAUUCAAUCCAUAUGUGUAUCGCACCAACACGUGUAAAGUGAAAGGCAGAAGUGCGGCUGCGAUCAGAGCGUGCCGGAGGUUGAUGGCGAAGAGAGAAUCUGUAUUGGUCCCAAAGUUUGGACUGUCAAAGAGUCUAGAAUGUCGGUUGCCUGGGAGUUUGUGGUCUGCUACUCUAGUGUCAAAAGAAAAGCUAUUUUUAAGGGUGCUGUACCUGAUUUUUACCAUCUUAAAAACAUGAAAACACAACUAGUUAAUUUUAAACGGUCUACAGAGGUCUAAAGUUCAUCCUCAUUUUUCACCGCGAUGAGUUUAUAAGCACUUUUCACAGCUCACAGAGCGGAGUUUUAGCGUGAAAAUAAAGCUAACAACUAGCAUGCUAACUUGAACUUCCUGUUUAACGGACAAUAAAACACUUUCUAAUUCGAUGCAGACAGUACACAGCACAGUUCUUUUAACCUCAAGAGCUGCUGUACUGGGGCAAGACACAUUUCACCCACAAAUAUACAGGGGAAAAAAUCUGGUACAGGCCCUUUAACAAGAAUAUCCAGAAAAAGGCAGCAUUCACACUUGGCUUGGUUUGGUCCUAUCCUAGUCCUGGUUUAGGUCCGGGUUUAGUCCCAGUUUUAAUGUGAGGUGAGUACAAGUGAUUGUGGCUAGAAACGGGUGUACACUGUGUGAUUUUUGACUCGUGCGACUGUUUUUGGGACAGUUUCGGGCUGAGUUUUGGCUUAAUCGUGCGUCGUGCUUCGUGUAGUAAACAUGGAAUAACGAGAACCGAUUAAUACCACAUGACCAGCUCCCGAUCGGCAUUCGUACAUCGCAAGAAUAUCAAGCCUGUCUGAAAUCCAGCCGCCUCGUGAGGGUUUCGCUCUGUCGCACGAGUAGUAUUUGCAUGAGCUGUGAACUUUUAAAGCCUGCAGUUCAGUUGUACAGUUUGAGCUGGAACUGAGUGAAAUUGCAUAGUGUAUGUCCGGCAUAAGUUCGCAAGCCAGUCUCAUUCACGCUUUGAGCAAAUGCUAAGAUGAACUGUCAUGGGAGAAUAUAAAUGUGCAUUUUUUUGGGACAAAAUUACAUAUUCUUGUGAGAAGUGAAUAAUUACCUGCUAAGUGCUAACACAAACAUACACCGCUCAAAAAAAUGAAACACGUCAGAUCUCAAUGUGAAAAAAACAAAGGUGGGUAUCUAUACAAAUCUGGACAUUAACUCUGGUAAGCUGCAAUAGAGAUGCAACAAUGAGACAGCCCUUAAAAUAGAACUGGUUUUGUGUCUCCCAGAGCUAUCUCCAGAACAUGGAGAUUUCAGAGGAGACAGGCUCACAGAUCCAUCCCACAAGACGUCCCUGUUUACCCGGGACAGUCCCAGUUUUGUCUCCUGUCCCAGCAGAUUUAUCCCAAACCACUGAUUUGUCCCAGUUUUAUACAAGAAAUGUCCCACGUGUCUCUACUUUUGACCAAUCUGAUCCCUGCCACCAGUAAAGAGAGGCAUAGAUUGUCAUUUGUUUAGGUAAAAUACAAAACAUCUGCUUAAAAACAAUCAAAACGCAAAGAAAAUGUGACUAUACUGACACAUGUUAGUCGUGAAUGGUCUCUGUGUAAUUAAGGAAAAUUCUUCUGCACUCGUUUCACAAUUUUAUUAUUACCAACCACCAAAAAAACGUGGAUGGUUUUUUAUUUUGAAAUUCUGGUCGCCCUAAGCAUGCCACAACGCUGAAGCAUUUUGCGUUGUAGAAAUUAUCCAUCCAUCCAUUUUCUUCCACUUAUCCGGGGCCGGGUCGCCGGGGGCAGCAGUCUAAGCAGGGACUCACCCCAGACAUGUCCUCCAGCUCCUACGGGAGGACCCCGGGGCGUUCCCUGGCCAGCCGAGAGACAUAGUCCCUCCAGCGUGUCCUGGGUCUUCCAGUGGGACACGUCCGGAACAGAUGCCCGAGAUACUUGAACUCCUCCACUUGAGGCAAGGACUCUCCACCCACCCAGAGAGGGCAAAUGCCUUCGCCAGAUCCAAAAGCACAUGAACCCGGUGCAGAAAUUAAAUUUAGGUAAAAUGGACGAGUCUGCCACAUCAUUAUUUCACUUAGAUUUUCAGGGUGUGUAUAAAAUGAAGCCCCCUUUAGACUGAAAAUGUGAGUUUCAUUAAAAGAGGUGGCAUCCUUUUGUUCCUAAGACAUUGUCCUGUCCGUAUUUGUAUAGAUAUCCAACAUAUAUUUUUUCACGUUGAGAUCUGACGUGUUUUCAAAGUGUUCCUUUCAUUUUUGAGCAGUGUAUUUCAAGUGGUAUUUCUGUAGAGGCCUAAACUACAGGACAACCUUUAGAAUAUAUUGGGAGUAUUUUAUUUUAAUUUUUUAUUGAAUGUUUUGGUUUAACAUCCUUAUCUGGUGUCAGUUUGGAAGAAGUUAUUAUUUUGCCAGGAAUGUUCUACAGUAUGGCAUUACACUUACCCAUCUCCGUCAUUACAGAUGUUUUUUUUUUAUUGCUUAAAAACACCUUGCUCUAAGUGAAGUCCCCUCUCCACAGAUCUGAUCUGUAACUUGUCUCCUCAGAUAAGCCGUAACUUUUCAGGCAUAGAAAUAGUUAGAAAUAGGCCAGAAAAGUUAUUCGUGGAAAAAAAACAAAAAAAAAAACACAAAUUUAAUAUGUUGGCCAAUUUUAAUCUUGAAUGACUAAUGACGAACGGUUAUUUUUUAUUUAACUAAUGACUUUUGAAAUAUGUGCCAUCAAAGUACAAUCUGAAGUUUGGCAAUCAGUUGAUACUUUGCAGUGACAUCAUGCAUGUUCAGCAGUUGCUAUGGUGACACAACGCACAGAUUAGCCAACGCCGCCCGACAGAUUGCCUAAAAACAACAAAAAUACAAAACAAUUAAACAGGUGACAGUGACUAAUACUAGUUCGUUUGUGGCUGUAAAUGUAUUUGAGCGUGAACUUGUUUAACAGCACAGAUCAGCUCACCUGUUGUAGUUCAGUUAAAUCCGUUCUUUAAGGUCAGACUGUGCUAAAACAAGGCUCAGAUUAAAGUCUAAGGUUACGUUUAUAUGAUGACGCGUUUAUAUGAAGUGGCGUCGCGUCUUCGCUUUUUAUUCCGCGUUUAGACGAGUGUUUUCGGGAGGAAAUCUGCGUGCACACGGUGACGCAGAAGUGUGUGGAAUUCGAUUGUGUACGCACGCCAGGCGGCUCGGUGGUGAUGUUUGUGACGUAAACGUGUACGUGACCUGAGCAGAUCUGACCAGAGUUUUGCGUCUUGGGCAGUGUAGACGGAAACGCUACGGCGGAGAGUAUUCAACUUUUACACUCUGGAGGGUGGUUUCAGAUUUUUGCAUUUUUAAGCCCCAAAAAUACCGUCACCGUCUAAACGAAAGGCACUUCCGAUAAAAUAUUUUAACGUUUUUACCCGCAAGCGUUCUCGUGUAAACAGACCCUAAGUUGAGUAACAGAGCUUCAGACAGAGCAGUGCCUCGUGUUAGCAUCAUCCCCCCCAGAAAAUGUUGAGCGUAAACAUUCUGUGGGUUUUAUUGAGUUAUUUUUUUAAGUUAAAUUAGCUCAGCGUGUUUUUUUUUUUUUAGUUGUUAAAAGAUUCAGAUGAUUAAUAAAUGAAUACUAUCACAAUUAUACAAAAUGUGCAAGAAAUGAGCGUUUAAUCUCUGAAUCCAAAAUGUAAAUAUGUACCUUUUGUUAUUUAUAAAAGUGUGGUUUUGUUUGAAAUUUGUGAUUUCUGUGUGUCUUAAACGCUUCAACAAUGUUCCUCAACUAGAACGCUAUUUUACAUUUAACUCAAAGCUACAAAUGCACUGAAGUCCCUUUGUUUGAUUUGCUCGGUUUGCACAAUGAUUUUUGAAAUUGUGAAUAAAAAAAAUACACUGUA